UCCUGGGCCAUCCAAGUUCCAAUUCCGACACAAGAACUAGAGAAUCUAUACCCAAGUAGGGUCCCCCGGGGAUCCCAGGAUAGGGAGGGCGUGUCUGACGAUUCUGUCCCUAAACCCGGAGGGGAAGAGACAGCAGUGUGAGAGGGUCAGGGAUCUCUCUCCUGUGAUACCUAACUUUUCACAAGAUACCUCUUGCUUCCCGACUGUUCUUCCAGACUGCUGGGCUAAAAAUCGUGCCACAGGUUUUACUCCACCCCCACCCACAAUCUUUGCCUGCAGGGUGUUUUUGUUUUUGUUUUUUUCUCAUGCACACCUCUCUCCCCCACGUGAACCCUGGGACCCAGACAUCCAUAUCAGCUGUUUUUUGUUGUUGUUGUUUUCCUCGCCCCACAAGCUAAUCUUCCGGCUGUCUGCCUAUCCAAACAAAGUUUCCUUUGCUUAAUUUUCUUUUUAACUCUCCCCAAGCCUAGUCAACCCAUCACACUCAUUUUCCUCUCCCACUCCCUGGAGGCCCCGCACCAUGAAACUUGUAGCCCCCACAUUUCCACGGGUCCCUGGGGCCCCAAGGCCUAACUUUGCUACUGAGAUGUUUGUUUUGUUAUCUAGCCUUCACUCUAUUUCCUAGAGUUAUUCUUUUCUGUUCUUGAUUUUUCUAACUCUCCUGCUCCCUCCAGCAUGAAAACUUCAGAUCCAGUCCGCUGAACUCUAUGCCUUGUGUGCUUUGAUAGCGCUCUCCUUUUCACCUUUCCACAAAACUGAGCCCUUCUUCUCAAUUUUUUUUUUUUUUUGUCUUGUUUUGUUUUGCUCUUGGUGUCUAGUCUGCUGGGUCAAAAAUUUUCUCUCUAAUCCGAGUCCGAUCAAACAUUUCUCCCUGCCCAUCUCGCCCCAACUAAGCUAAACUUUAGGGGGAUAAUAUUAUCCUUUUCAACUUCUCGUUAUAUACACCUGAACCAGUGACUUUUCAAACUUUAUAUGUCUUUUGUUUUUAUUUUUUCCAGCUGAACCACUGAUUCAAACGAAAUCUUAGACCCAGCGCAUAAAUCAGAUAUAAGAAGAGUUCUGGUGGGAAUAGGGUGGGGGAGCUCAGCUUUACGAGGGGGAUCCGAAGGUACCUCCUUCCAGCAAUUUGGCAACCACUAGCCAAACUUCCGCGACCAAAAUUUUCCCUCCCUAAGCCUGAUCUCCUGGAGGGUACGCUGUAGCUUAGCGCAUCGUGCGCUCUUCCCGGCAAGUCUCUUCCUUCUUCCCACGGUCUUCUACGCCAGGUCCUGCCAUGGAGCUACGCUCCGAGCUACCUAGCGUGCCCGGCGCAGCGACGGCGGCGGCGACAGCGACGGGGCCGCCCGUGGCAUCUGUGGCGUCGGUGGCGGCGGCGGCGGCGGCGGCCGCGUCGCUACCGGUGAGCGUGGCGGGCGGCUUGCUGAGAGCGCCGCCGCUGUUGUUGCGGGCUGCGGAGAAGUACCCGCGGACCCCCAAGUGCGCGCGCUGCCGCAACCACGGCGUGGUGUCAGCGCUCAAGGGCCACAAACGCUAUUGCCGCUGGAAGGACUGCCUGUGCGCCAAGUGCACGCUCAUCGCCGAGCGCCAGCGCGUCAUGGCGGCGCAGGUGGCGCUGCGCAGGCAACAGGCGCAGGAGGAGAACGAGGCGCGCGAGCUACAGCUGCUCUACGGCACUGCCGAGGGCCUGGCGCUCGCGGCCGCCAACGGCAUUAUCCCGCCGCGACCUGCCUACGAGGUCUUCGGCUCCGUGUGCGCCGCCGACGGCGGGGGGCCGGGAGCGGGAGCGCCCGCGGGGACCGGAGGCGGCGCAGCGGGCGCGGGGAGCUCAGAGGCCAAGUUACAGAAGUUUGACCUGUUCCCCAAGACACUGCUUCAGACCGGUCGCCCCGGCAGCCCGCAGCCGCCACCCGGGAAGCCCUUAUCACCCGACGGCGCGGACUCGGGUCCUGGGACAUCUUCUCCGGAGGUGCGGCCGGGCUCGGGCUCGGAGAACGGCGACGGCGAGUCCUUCUCGGGGUCGCCCCUGGCCCGGGCCUCCAAGGAGGCAGGUGGGAGCUGCCCGGGCAGUGCAGGCCCGGGAGGCGGCGGCGAGGAGGACAGCCCGGGUUCCGCUAGCCCACUGGGCUCCGAAUCCGGUUCCGAGGCCGACAAAGAAGAGGCAGAGGCCGCUCCCGCUCCAGGGCUGGGCGGGGGCCCGGGUCCACGGCAGCGGACGCCGCUGGAUAUCUUGACGCGCGUCUUCCCGGGCCACCGGCGAGGCGUCCUGGAGCUGGUGUUACAGGGUUGCGGCGGCGACGUGGUGCAGGCCAUCGAGCAGGUGCUGAACCACCACCGCGGGGGCUUGGCGGCCGGCCUCGGUCCCUCCGUGCUCCCAGAUAAGGCCGCAGUGGGUACAGUAGCAGCUGCGGACGACGCGUGGCCGGGCCGCGUCGACGCCGGGGCAGCUGGGGGGCCCGGGCUGCCCGCGCCGCUGCAAGCAGGCCCGGCCGCUCCUCCGCACCACAGACCUUUGCUGGCCGGUGCCAUGGCGCCUGGGGCGCUGGGCUCGCUGAGCAGCCGCUCCGCAUUCUCACCACUGCAGCCCAACGCCAGUCACUUCGGCGCCGAAGCGGGCGCCUACCCGCUGGGCGCGCCGCUGGGCCUCAGCCCACUGCGCCUGGCCUAUUCGGCGGCAGCGGCGCACAGCCGUGGCCUGGCCUUCAUGGCUCCCUACUCGACCGCUGGCCUGGUCCCCACACUCGGCUUCCGCCCGCCUAUGGACUACGCCUUCAGCGACCUCAUGCGCGACCGCUCGGCCGCCGCGGCUGCGGUGCACAAGGAGCCCACCUACGGCGGCGGUCUGUACGGGCCUAUGGUCAAUGGCGCCCCCGAGAAGCAGUAGGGCCAGGGGCCUGGCAGCCGGGCCGCCUCCGAACGAGGACCCCAGCCUUGAUCCCGCGGGCCACCGCUCCCUCUUCACCCGGUGCGCUCUCUGCGCCCCAGCUGGGGUCCUCUCGCUCAAAGGGGAUUUUCGGUUUUGUUUUGGAAGGUGGGUAGAGAGCUGAGCGAAGCGGGAGCAACCACAGGUGCAGGUGUUCUCAGAGGGGGUGCGUGUUCUUGACCCUCAUCUUCUGACCACCUCCUCAAGGCUCCUCCAGCCCUUCAAAAGGCCGGGAAUUCUUGAGAAUUCAGAGGCUGCGGCCGCUGCACACGCUCCUGCCUCUCCUUUUGCUGCGCUCAUCCCACCCUCCCGCUCUCCAGUGGAUGGCAGGAUAGUCCGAGAGUCUGUCUUCUGUGUCUCCCUCUCCUUAUUAAAAAUUUUUUUAAAAAAAUAUUCGCUCUAACAAAUAUAAAUUUAGGAUGUAUAAUUCUCCUGGCACUGAGUCGAGUCUUUGGGACACACAUAUAUAUAUAUCUCGAUAUCAAUUGUAAAAAAGAAAAGGAAACAAGUUCUAAGGUGCACUUUCCUCGUUGCGGUAUUUGUCGCUCUCUUUGUUGCUUAUGCCAAUAAGCAUGGGUUUCCUUGGUGCAGUGUGAGUUUUUAUAUAUGUAUAAAUCUAUAUAUAAUCUAUACAUAUAUAUAUAUACAAGCCAGUGUAUAAUGUUAUAAAAUGGAAUUCUAAGUUAUUAAUUGUAAUCUGUAGGUGACCUCGGUAUUAACGUGAAAAAUAUUCAAAAACAAGCAAAAAAAAGGACAAAAUGGAAAAAAGUAGACUAUGCGCGCAUUGUACUUAUCAGAUUUUAUAGAUUAAAUAUAUUGUAAACUCGGGACAAAUCCUGCCCACCCGCCCCUCUUGCCUGCGGCCGGUCUCUCCCUAAGAUGCGGUCAAGGUGCGCACUGAAGCAGGAACAGAGCGGCGAGUGACUGACCAGAACCGCCUGCCCGAGAGCCCAUCCCCGCCUCCCGGAACUCGCCAAACGCCCGGCCCGAAGGGACGGCAGCGGGAAACGCUGCUGCAGAG